GACAGAGAGAGAGACAGAGAGACAGAGAGAAAGAGAGAGAGAUAGACACAAAGAGCAGAGAGAGAGAGAGAGAAGGAUCAUGGCUGAUGUCCCUCAAUCAUUUUUUGGAUUGCUUGUGACCGUUUUGUACCUGCUAUCAGGUGUCAGUGGAGAAACUCUCUCUAUGUUCUCCAGAGUGGGAGAUGAUGUCAGUCUGCCGUGUAACAAUGUGGUUUAUCCAGACUGUUCCUCAACUAUAUGGAUCUAUAACAGAGCUGGAUCUACUGGUACUAUUCAAAAGGUCACAUUGGGGAAGAUCAAAGUUGACCAGACAGAGAGAGCAGAGAGACUGAGUUUAGGGUCUAACUGUUCUCUACAUGUUAGUGAUGUCAGAGCUGAGGAUGUUGGACUCUACACCUGUCAACAAUACCUUACAAUGACUGGACCAAAACAUGGAGGUGAUGCUCCAGUUCAUCUGUCUGUUCUAACUAUCUCCUCUACCACACCAGUGACAGAUCUGAAGCCUAAUGUAAUUAUGACAUUACGGUGUUCUCUGCUCACCUAUACUGGACAUGGAACGUGCCGGUCAAGAUUGGGUCUCAGCUGGGUCCCUAAAACAGGUACUAAUGUCCAGGUCACACAUGAUUCUUCCUGUGACAUCACUCUGACUGUGACACUCCAGAAGAAGGACAACAACAGGAAGUGGACGUGCACGCUGACUGGAAAGGGAAACGUGAAGAUCUCCAUUGACUUCACCUCCACAUUCUCAGGUACCAGUAAUGCUGUUAAGUUGCCCAUCAGUCACAUCAUGCUCUUUGUGACACUGACCAUCAUGGCUGCCAUAGUCACUAUUCACACAAGGAGGAUCCGCCCACCCAAGGCUCUGCCCCCACAAGCAGAAGAAGCCUCUGGUAUGGAGAUUCAUGUCCUGGAGGAAUGACCCCUUGUUCCUCACUCUUCUCCCUGUGCUGGACUAAGACUUUCAAACUGUCUGUAGCUUUAUUGAUUCAGUAACAGAGGUGUCAUGUAUUGUCAUAUUAUGUCUUGUUCCUGUUCUUUCUCUUCACUCUGUCUCCCUCUGC